AUGGACCCUAGUCCCCAAAUACCAACAAUAACAACCGUAAACGACUAUAACACAAUCUGUUUAAUACGAAAGAGUUUUGGAGAUAAAGGAGAAUCAUUUCCGGAAGACAUAUCUAACAAUUUGAGAAUUUACACGGCAAAAGACCCUUUGGGUUUAAGACCAACUGCCGAUAAUGUUUUUGCCAUUUACCAAUACCUCGGAGAAGAGAAUGAAAUUUUAAAUAACAUAGAAUUGGAUACUAUAAGGCAGCACGGAGAUUUUCUUUAUUCCAAAAGUACCAUGCUAAAAGACAAAAGCGAGUUUAUGAGGGAAAUGAUAAAAUUACGAUCUUGUGACAUAUUUUCGAGAAUAUACUAUCCCGAUAAAUUGAGAUAUGGACUCAUUGAAAAGUGUGAUCUUUAUCCAGAUGAUUUAAGACAAUUUUUGGACUUCCGUUUUAAUAGUAGUUUCCAUGAAUGCGAGAAAUGUUUCUCAACAAAACAAUUUAAAGGCAGAGCUCCUCAAAUUAAACAACUAAAUUCUUUUGUUCAUAAAACUCAAAAGAAAAAUGCUUUUGGAUUAAUAUUUGAACCAUCGAAAAUUAUAUUCAAGAAUUUUGAGCAAAAUCAACAAUAUAAACAAACUGUGAAAAUUAAAAAUACAAGUGCAACAAUGCAAAAAGUGAGUGUUAAAACUUAUCCAAAAUCACCAGUUUUCAAGAUACUGAUUGAUGAAUCCCAAAGAAUCGCGCCCGGUAUGUAUACAUCUUUCACCAUUAAAUUUACACCACAAUUUUCAACAUAUCUCAAAGAUAAGGUCUUAUUUGUUAGCAGAAAGGGCGAAAUAAUAGAACUGACAAUAAAAUGUUACAAAGAACCACCCAAACUUUGGGCUUACAUUAAUAAAUCAUCAAGCUUUCCUAUCAAUGAAAAUAUUCGCGGGUCAAGACCCUUUUCAAUGCAAAGACAAUUAGCAAUCAACGACACCAUAGAUUGUGGCACCUGCUUUGCCACUGACUAUACUUUGAUAUCAUUAAUUUUGCUCAAUAGAGGCAACAAAGCUAAAUUUUUCUGGCUAUCGGAAGAAGAUUUUUAUUUUCAAGACAUCAAUACUCUAUCCAACAAUAAUGAAUAUUAUAAAGAUUGCUUUUGGAUUUAUCCCACAUAUUUUGAAAUGUUUCCUAAUGAAAUUUGUGAAAUAAAUAUUAUAUUUCAGCCUUUAUAUUGUGGCGUUUACACGGAAACAUUAUACCUUAUGUGUGAUAACAACUUGUAUACUCAAGUGGAGUUGGUAGGGGAUGCAGUUUGUUUCAACAAAAACUUGAUAGGUGUCAAAAUUCCUUGUUAUGUGGAUGAACUCGAAAAGAAAGAUGGUCAUUGUAUUUUUAUGGGACAUCUCGUGUAUGAUGAAAUAUCACAAUUCACUUUAUCUAUUUUAAACAAAAGUGCAAUGUUUUUGAAAUUUGAACUAAGGCUGGAUAUUAAAGAUGAAAAAUUUUCUAUGUAUGAGUGGUUUAAAAUUUCAAAUGAGCCUCCCAGUCAUUUGACUCCGUAUAGCGCUACAGACAUACUAUUUGAAGCACAUUCUCCUUCCGACAUAUUGCAGGGAUACUAUAAUGCGAAACUAAGAAUAUUUAUAAAUAAUAUUCCUAUAGCAAGUCUAGAAGCUAACGAAAUCUUUCUGGUAAACACUCAUAAGCAAGAACUAAAAAGUAUAGCAGAAAAUGUACAAAAAGUUGACGUUCUAAUAGCCGAAAUGGAAAUUGCUUGUUGCAUCAAUUCUAUAGGCAAACCAAAUAUUGAAGAAUCCUUAAUCGAGUGCGAAAAAUGCGGUAAAGUAAACUGUUUAUGUGAAGCAUGCAAGGAAAAUUUAAUAAUGGCGGAUUUGGAAUUCAACCAACCAUUAAUGGAAUUUGGUAUACUACCAAUCGGAACUGAUAUUGAAAAGGACUUUUUUAUAAUCAACAGAGGAGAGAAAGAUGCUAAUUGGACUAUGAUCGAACUAAAGUACAACCUAGAUUACCCCCCACACGUGGAAAUACUUAAAGAAAAAAACUUAUCAUGCACUAAUGGUACUUUACAGCCACAUAAGAAACAGCGCUUGAACUACACUAUCAUUAAAAAAAACCCAGCCAGAUAUGUCUCGAUACUUGUCCUUUGUUUAGUUCAAGAUAAUGUUCCAACCAUUAACAACCCAAGCAAAUGGAACUUUAUAGCACAAGAUAUCUGUGUCAUCACUUAUGAAGUAAUUCACAUGGAUAUAGCCUUUAAAACUCAGUCAAAACAGGCCAUUUUAUGUCCCUUGCAAUUACUUUAUACUGAAGUCCCAACAGAAGUAUCUUUUAGAUUAAAAAAUUACAGCCUGAUUCCUGGAUGUUUCUACUUUUUAAAACCUAUCGGACAAGAUGCGAAUAAAAUAUCCAUAGAAUACCUACCAGAAUUAGGUGAACUUAAGGCAAACGGUUCGAAGAAAAUAGCCCUCAGGCUCACUUGCAAGGAAGUUGGAAUAUUGGAAGACAUUUUUAUACCUUGUUUUAUCGGAAAAAAUCAAGAACCGAUUCGUUUAAGACUGCUUUGUGUUGUUGACUGUGUUCAUGUGUUUUUUUAUUUGCCAUCAAAAAACAAUGAGUAUCAAAAAAUCCUUUGGCCACCUAAAAUGGUUUACGAACACGACAUGACAUGGAGUGAUCAUUGCUUUUGUGAAGAAUCCUCCUCGGUACCAUUAAAGAUAAUUCAAAGUGAUAGUGAAAUGAAACUUGAAGAACAAAGUAAUGAUACUCUUAAAAACAUCAGUAGAUCUAGUAUAAACACUGAUACAGAUGACAUAUUGGAAACAUUAGAGAGUGUAGAUUCUGAUAUAUUCUUGCAAGAUUACGUCAUGGAAGUGAAAGGGGUGAAAACAAAAGAACCAAGAAAGUUUACAAUUUUUUUCGAAAAUGUUACAAAAAAAUCAGCAAAAUAUUCAGUACAAACCACCAACUAUUUGGCAAAAGAAUGGAAGAAUUGUCCUGGGCCCAAACAUAUAAAAGCCGAAGAUUUUUGGGAACCAAUGAUUGACCACAGCGGUAUUGUUAUCCAACCAGAAACAGAAUCAAGUUACAUGAAAGCAAAUGAGUUGGUGACAGUUGAUAUAUGGAUAUAUGCAAAAACAUGGGGCAUUUAUGUAGAUGAAAUUAUCAUCGACAUUAAAGAUAUAAUACCCUUCAGUUUUUCCUUAAUCAUUGAAGUCACUGGAUGCCCUUUAGAACUUCCAUUCGGGAUUGGAGCUAUUACACAGUAUCCUACAAUACGAUUUGGUUCAGUUACAUCCGCUUCUGAAGAUAUAUUGAGAGAAGUUAUUCUUAAAAAUGUUUCAUCAGUUGAUGUGUCAAUAUCUUGGCAUAUAUAUCAUUACCCUAACGGAGAAGAAUUUAACUGCAAUACUCCAUUCAAUUUCGUUUUAGACAUGACACCAAAAGAAGACUUUUUCAAAUUGAGUUUCACUGAUCGAUUUUUUGGAAUCGAAGCAAUUCAGUUUAUUGAAGUUCAACCGAGUAAAUUGGAAAUCACCUCAGAUAAUCAAACUAAACUACUAAUUGUUUUCAAACCAAAACUUGUCAGAACCACAGGAAAUCCUAUAAAAUGUUUUAUAUUGGGUCAAAUUUUUACUAAUGACAUAGAUACAAUCAAGUCCAGUUACUUUUAUAGAAAACCAUCUACAGUAAUUAUAGAAGUGACAGCAACCGUUGAGGAACCACGCUUGUUGGUUGAAAUAGAAGAUAAUUUAUUGAGUGUGUUUGCUAAUGACGUUGUUUUUGGAACACAAAAAGAUUUUUCUAUAAAAUGUAUCAUAAGAAAUCCAACAUUGUCGCAGAUAACGGCGAAAAUCGAUGCCUCAGAUACGUUUUUUUGUGAAAAUGAUAUUGAGCUAGGACCGAGACAAUGCAAAGAAAUUCGUUUGACUUGUAAUUUGACUUACGAAAAAAUUCUUAGAUGGGCUAAUAUAGUUUAUGAAUCUGAAAAAGAAAUACAUCCGAGCCAAAAUCAAUCCACAGAAGUCAUCAAUUUAGGACUUAUGAGUGAUCCCUUCCUACCUAAAGCCAGCAUAUCAGAUGCUCAAGUUGUAGACAAAGUCAACAAAAUAUUAACGUUCCAUAAAAAAAUCUAUAUUUCUUAUCCGCAUGGGAAUACGGAAACAAUGCCAAUUAAACUGAUGCUAAAUUAUCCAAAUAUAUCUGUAAAACCUUUACACAUAAAGUUUGGAUACAUUUUAGUAGGUAAUACACAGAAAACGACAAUAAUAAUAUCCAAUUUGACUGCAUGCCCUGUUAAAUUUGAGAUCUUCAAGUCUUGUUGUACUCACGAACUCGUGGUUACACCAUCUUUUGGUGAAAUUGGAAAGAGCACUGGAACAAAUAAAAGCUUUCAACAUGUGACAGUUUAUUUUACGCCUACACAAUGUAAAAUGUUUCACGAAAGUAUCCGAAUAGCGACGAAUAUUCCCCAAUAUUUUGUGGAUAUUUCUGUUAAAGGUGCUGCUUCGUUUAAUGAGAAGUUUGAUAUACAAUAA